GCCUGGUUUUUGGAGAAUGUACUCAUUUGCACCACCGUCAGCAUGUGCUUGAUUCUAAAGUUAGAAUGCAGCGCUUCCGAUGGGAUCUGUUAGCGAGCCGUUCUCCUGCAUAAAAAAUUCGAGUUGGUCGUUCUCUGCCUCUUUUCCCCUCCGACUGCCCUCUUUUCUUUCAAUUUCCAGGAAGAAAAAAAAAAACAAAAUAUCUCCAGCCUCACUCAUGUCAACCUUCCCGUUUUAGUUAAACCACUCGUUUGUUUUGUUAGUUCUUUCAUCACCGGAUCCAGAGUCCAAAUUUCACCUUUUUGAGUGGGAGAGAGAGAGAGAGAGAGAGAGAGAGAUGGAAGGGCUUAUCAAGGGCUUGGCGGAAGUGGCUCUAGGUUUUGUUGGAGGAGAUCGCGAGGACAUCCCAGAGCGCCAAGCGAACCAGGAAGGCGAAGAGCGAUCUAGAUCCACUUGGGCUGAGGUGGUUUCCACCGGAAAGCACGAAUAUCACGAGCAGGAGCAUGGAAGUAGCUAUGGCCACCCUUCUAACGAUCGCCGAGCAAGAAAGGAUGAGGAAGCUGAACAGGAAAGCAGUCCAGGGCAUAGUACUUCUUGGGGUUCAAGAAAGAAAAAUGAGGAUCUGGUUCAUGAGGAUGAGAAGAAGAAAGAUGUGGAUUGGGAAGUUGUUGGUCAGCGUUCUCACAACAAGAAGCGACACCCUUCAGUUCUGCAUGAGGUUCCCAAGGAAAAUUGGCAAAUGUUCAAGCUGCCUCCUAGUGAUCAAACCUACAAUAAUGCAGUACACUAUGACGCUGACACUCAACCAUCAAGAAGAGAGCUAUCCAACUUGUCUGAAGCCUGUAAUAAGCUAUGGGAACUCGAUUUAAACCGAUUGAUUCCCGGAAAGGAUUACAAAAUUGAUUGUGGCGAGGGGAAAAGAGCUUACCAGAAGGGUGAUAUGGCAUCAGGAAGCUUGUUCAAGUGGCUGGGUGAUGACGUGCUUCGUCGUCCUACUUAUGCUCGGUUCUGCUCUCUUUUGGAUAACUACAAUCCUCAAGAAGGAUAUAAAGAAGUCGUAACUCCCGAAGAGAGGCACGAACAGGCUGCAUUUAUUCAGGAGAUAGGCAGGUCACCACUAAUUAAAUAUCUCUAUAAUUAUCUUGUUGGGAAUGGUGUUGUAUCUGGUAGUUUUGAAGAGUUCAAGGAAAUCCUGACACAUCUAUGGUUUGAUCUUUAUUCGAGAGGCGGUGGAUAUGGUUCGUCUUCUGCUUUUGAACAUGUUUUUGUUGGGGAAAUCAAGGGUCGGGGAGAAAAUGCCGUCUCGGGUUUUCACAACUGGAUUCAGUUUUAUCUGGAGGAAGCGAAAGGAAAUGUUGACUACCAAGGUUAUAUUUUUUCCAGGAGUUACGGAGAGCAUCCAGACUCAGAAACUCAGCUGCUAACCAUUCAAUUCGAGUGGAAUGGGGUCCUGAAGUCUGUAUCCAGCACUCUGGUUGGUGUUAGUCCGGAGUUUGAAGUGGCUCUCUACACUCUUUGCUUCUUUGUUGGCAGAGAAGACAACCACGUUCGUUUGGGUCCUUACUCUGUCAACAUUAAAUGCUAUCAUUUAGGCCGGGACAAGAUUGGCUCUGCCUUUCCAAUAGCUGAAUGUUGAAUCUGAGCUCUGCCAAGAUUGAGUCAUAUCUUUGUUGAGGUUUUUUGUUUGUUGUUGUUAUGUAUUAUUUGCUGUGAUAAUUAUCUGACUGUUUUUUAUUGAGUGAAGCAUAGUAAUUCAAAGUCCAUGUUACGGUGCA